UGCCGUAUACGGGCGAAACCAACAUUUCACUCUUCCAGCCCAUCCCCGCCAGCUGCACAUUACCGCACCCUGAAGGAUGUCAAUAUUAUGCCAUCCGGAAUCCUGCGGCACACCAAGUCUGGACUGUCUGGCCAGCGACCCCAUCCGUGCUCUCGGCACCAGCGGAUGGCUGCACGCAAAUAGAGCAGACCCAGCCUCUCCAGCCAAUCAUGCCAAUCAUGCCGCAUCUGACUGUGGCGCACUUGGCCAGCGAGGUCGAUGAGCCGUCGACUCGCUGCAAGCGGCGCCAUCUUCACCACAUCGAGAUGGACAAGACUACACUUCAGCAUAGUCUGCCUGCUGUUUCUGGGCGUUGGACACUACGGCAUCUCCAUCCGCAGCUUGCGUAAUGUCCUCACGUGGCAUCAGUGUAAACAUCAUUGUUUCCACCUCACCACAUCGGCCCUCCGUGGACUGAAAGUGUUUACCCAGCCACCACUCACCACUGUACCACCGGACGAUCAUCAUUCAAGCGAUGCGACAGACGUCAUGAGCCCAACUGCGCAACGCGUGUCUGCGAACGAUCAACGAACGUCUCACCCACAUCUGAAACACGCGAUCUGCCCAUCUAGCUCAGAGAUUUCCGGCCCGCUCACAUCUAUCGAUACAGUUUGCGCAGCCUCAUCUUCUAACCUUUCGCACUGGAUUGACCCUGAAGAUCGUCAUCUUCCCUAUGCGCGCCUAGGGGUGGAGCUGCCCCACCAACAAGUGGGCGCGAACGCGUAACCGCACGUUUGACCAACAUCAACAACGAUCUUGCUGACGUUCUUUGUGAUCUCUUGUUUGACGAAAACUCUCAUCAACAUGGCGGAUGCUCGUAGAAGAUGCUCAAAUUCUCAAGCUUAAUCCACCAGGAGACACGAAGAUGCCUGACGCGACUAGCAACGGGCUGCACCAAAGGUCUGUGAAUUUCCUUCUCAUCUCUCUUUCAAUUUGUGUGUCGAAGUCUGCAACUCCUCUCGAGAUC